AUGGUUAAAAAGAAGAGUGGAAGAACGCUGAACCCGGCCGAUGCACAUCGCAAGGCGAUGCGGCAAAAGGAGAUUAAAAAGGUAUGGUUUUCAAAUGUGCCUUGUUCUUCGGGAGGUAUCUCAUCCAACAACAAGGCUGAGAGGAAGCGUGUGCGUACAAUGGUAAUGGUACGUAAGGAUACCACGAAAUUGGAGGAAGAAGUUGCUCGAUACAUAGCUUUAGAUAAAGAGAAAAAAUUAGACAAAAAUGGAAAAGCAAAACUAAAAGACCUGCAAGACAAGUUGUCGAAGAUUGUGGAGACCAAGAAGGCUCAUGGAAUCAAUUUGAAAAAGGAAAUUAGACCAAAAACCGAUCACGCACCCAUAUACUUUCAUCCUACAUUAAAUCCAUCAGGAUUACCUCCACCGGGAUCCGAAGAGAAGUCAGGAUCUGAAGAUGGCGGAGAAAAUAAAGAUGAAUCAGAAGAAGAGGAAAUUCCUCUUCCGCCCGGUCAACCGCCAGCAAACAAAGACUCAUCAGAUAAUGACUUACCAGACCUACCACCCGUAGUCCCAUCAAUAAGGACUCCACAAAAUCUACCACCAACAGGAGGACAAGCAAUGAUGCCUCCUCCGUUCGGUUACACUGGUGCACCUGGCACAAUACCAUCAAAUUCCCCAUUUGGUGGACCACCUCCAAGUCCUUUUGCUACUUAUAAUGGACUUCAUGGACCUCAUCCAAUUAGACCACAGAUGAGAGCACCGCCUCCACCUCCAUUUGCUGGAGGAAUUGGCAAACCACAUUCAUUAAAUCCACAAUUUUCUGCGCCACCAGGAGUUCCGGGUAAUCUAAUGCCUAUGACACGACCAUACCCUCAACACAUACCACCAUUAUCUCCAUCUUCACAAGCGACAACAGCACAAGGCACGAAUUUAUCCCAAAUGAAGAUGGGUGUAUCACCCAAUAAGACUAUUGUCACAGCCACUCCAGUUAUUCAAGCUGAGCCUCAAGUACGUAAUCUCCAAAAAGAACUCACAACACUUGUCCCUGCUGCUUUACUUCGUAAGAAAGCUUCAGCAUCAAAACCAAAAGUGUCUAGACCUAUAGUGAAUGCUGCACCUAAUAUAGACGAUGAAAGCGAAAGCUUAGUUCCUCCUGUUAAAAGAUCAGCUUCAUCUGUGUUACCAGUGAUAACGCAAUCAUCGUCAAUAUCAGCCACAGCUCAAGAAGAAUCAAAUGAUCAACAAAAGUCAUCAUCGACUGCUCCUCCAACAAAAAAAGCAAAGACUAAAAAGAAGUAUGAUGAAUAUGAGAAAUUUAUGUCUGAAAUGCAGGAUUUAUUAUAG